GCCGGCCACCCCACACGAUUCCGCACCAACACUUGGACACUCGUUGCUCGUGUCUCUUGUGCCAAGUACGCGUGCGUGUGAGUACAUUAUACUCUCGGUUCUGCCGUUGCCGUUGCCGUUGCCGUUGUCGUUGGUAUUGCCGUUGUUGUUGCCUCGUCGAGGUAAUAGGACGGUGUCGACGUGUAAAUCUGCGUUAGGUAAAGGUACCAACGACUACGAACCCUUUCGAUGUAUAUUUCUUAUUCUCUUCGUUCUUUUGUAACCUUCCUAUGUGUCGCUCUUCGUUCGUUUUGCUUGGCUCUGGUAGAAGGGAUGAGAAAACGAAUGGAGAGUAGUGGGGGUAGUUACGAGGGUGCUCGAUUUUCACCCUUUGUUUAAUCGCUGGCUACGGAGUCGACUACAUUAAUUUAAUACCCCGCGUCCGCAAACGAGGCUGAUUCGAAAACAAAGGGGAGAACGGCUACGAUCGUCCAGAUCCCCUCACCCUUCGCCUUUCGUUCUUCGGCCACGCGACCGAGAAUCGCCGUUUUCGAUACUUUUUUUUCCCUCUCCUUCCGGUAGAAGGAAAGUGGACUUUAUUCUAAUCGCUUUAAGUUAUUCUAACGUUCUAAUUUUUUUUCUCUUUUCUUACAUAUUCGCACGAAAACACAUCCGUACACGCGCAUUCACGCGUGUAUAUAUAUAUAUAUAUAUUUGUAGGUAGACGUGUGCAUGUAGAUAUUUUUCUCUCAUUUCGAAUUCAUCAUUUUUACAAAAGUAGGAAGCUGCAUCAUUUUCAACGUACGUGGAAAGAAAUUUUGAAAUACAAGUGGAAAGAGGGAGGAGGUUAUGGCUGAAGCAGUAGCGAUAGGGAAAACUGUAUUUCGGAAAAGAGCAAAAACCGAUAUUCGCUUUUUCAUGAUCUCGUGGAAGGUUAAAAUUUGACGAACAAUGCGGAGUUAUCGGCUUUAUGCAGCCGAUAUCGCAAACAAGCGUGCGCGAGCGUGCAAAGCGGAACGCGCACACCAUCGCGUGACUUUCAAAUCCGUUUUUCUCGAAGCCUCAUUUUCCCCCGACUGAUUCCGAAAAAUGCGUCUCGUUCUACGUGUCAGCCUGUUUCAACGGAGUACCGUUCGAUCCACGUACACAUCAAUUUUGUUAAUGAACGAAAUAUUAUAAAAUUGAUAGGAGAAAUGCAAAUAAAUAUUUUUUUCUUUCUUUCUUUUUUUUCAAUUGCAGAAGAGAAUAAAAUUUAAUCAAGGAAUAUCUUUUUUCUGUUUUAAAGCUCUUAAAUUAGCCUGGUAUUCGAUGACCGCGUGACGCGAGAUAAACUAAAAACCGGUACCCUCCAUUAAAAACGUAAUUAGUAGGAAGAAAUAUGUCUCGAGCUUAUUCAUGCGUGUCACUUUCUCUCGUGGAAGACUCACAAAAUUGGAAUGUUUUAUUUUUUUUCCUUUUUUUUAUUCUCUUUUAAAAUGGUCGAUUUAUAUUUUAGCGAAGCCUCGUCAAAGGUGAUAUCGUUUUUCCAUUACAUGGAGAUGCGUUGAAAAAUAGUUUCUAUUUUUUUCUGGGCAAUCUUGUUGGUAAAAUUUCUACGGAGAAGGCUACACGUAAUAGAAAGCCGAAAGGGGGUGGAUUCGAAAGAGGGUCGAUCGACUCUCUCUCUCUCUCUCUCUCUCUCUCUCUGCCAAUGGUAGGCGGAAUUGCGAUCGCUUAGAGGCCAAAGGACGAUUCAAUUAGGAUCGACCGAAGCGAUCCUGUAUUUCGGCUCGCUCCCAUUGACCGUCCUUCUUGUCGGUCUCUCUUUCUCUCUCUCCCUGUCUCUGUCACUCAUUGGAGGAGGAACAGUUCCAUGUAUAAUCUUGCCCGAUCGGGAGCACUCGAGCGUGUUUCGACGAUUAAAGCGCUUCUCGAUAACCACCCACAUCGAAACACGGUAUUUACGAGAAAGCGACGAUUUAGCAAGAGGACUUUAAUUAUCUCUCUUCGUUACAAUGAGUCCUAUACUACUCCAAUCGUAAUUUCAUUUUAAAGGACACUUUCAUUCAGGAAUAAAAUUGACGUCGAUAUUAAUUACUAUCGACUUGUUCUAAUUGAUUCAAGUCACGUAAUGGUUCAAUAGAAACCUGAACUUAAAGAUCUUUGUAUCGACGAAAAAAAAAAAGAAAAAAGAAAAAAAAGAAAAAGGGAAAGAAGAGAAAAGGGAAAAAGAAAAUGUGAAAUAGAAGAAACGAGAGAAAGGAAGAAGAAAAAGAAGGAAAAAAGAGAAGGAAGAACGGUCGCGAAGGGGCAGCCAAUUUCUGGUCGAUCGGUUCCAACGUGUCUCGGACCGCCUCCUUAUACUGGCCGCGGGUACGCGCGAGCGCACGGAUGGGGUGACAUCUCAUUAGGGAGACAAAUUGCUUCGUCUCUCUGCUCUCGGUCCAGCUCUCAUCCUCCUCUUCUCUUUCUCCUCUCACCUACCCUCCUCUUUUCUCUCUCUAUCUUUUUUUCUCUUUCUAUCGUCUCACACGAGCAUUUUCCCUGUCGUAUCGAAACGUGCACACGAGCACGGUCUAUAGAUAGACUCUUUCUCUCUCUCUCUCUCUCUCUCUCUCCCUCUCUCUCUCUCUAUUUCUCUCGUGCGCAGCACGCGUGUCUCGAAGAGGAGAACGCAUAAACGAAACGUUCUUCCUCGUCUUCGUCAUCGUCGAGGACUUUAUACCGCAUCCAAACCGCAUAUAGGUAUAUACUCUAACCACCUAAUAUCGAGCAGCAAACAGAGAGACAGACAGAGAGAGAGAGAGAGAGAGAGGGAGCGUGUAUACAUAUAUCUAAUACGUGCAUAGAAGAGAGAGUGGGAGAGAGAGAGAGAGAGAGAGAGAACGCGACUCUGCGGCUGGUAGUUGCCGGCGGCGGCGUGGAAAUGUAUUAGGGCUCGCAUAGCUAAACUAAUUGGUUAAAUCUGUUGGGCCGCAUAACUGGGAGGCUAAUUGGGUGAUUUCCUGACAAAUUAUAUCCACCCCGACGACUACGCCUACUCGCUAGCGGGACCGUUUGUCACUUGACACUUUGAAAAGGCGAACGUCCAAAGAGCGAACGAGCGGACGAACGAGAGCGUGUACGACGAGAUGGAUAUGGGAGAGGGAGGAGGAAUGGGAACUUGGAAGAGGAGGACGGUGAUAGGGAGUAUCGAAGGAGAAGAAGCGAGACGGGACGCUGGUCCGAGUUUAUUCGCGCCUCCUUUCUUAAGAAAAUCUCUGCGAGAACGAGAAACCGAGGGCGAGAAAAAGAGAGAGAGAGAAUUAUAGAGUCGUCUCUUGUAGACGACGAAGAUCUUACGAAUGGCAUCGCACUUUGGCCUCUUCCUCUUCGACUCUCGAGUCUGCCAUCACGGGAGAUUAUUUUUACUAACGAGCCGCGAUAGAGAGCGCGAUCGUAAGUUUCACACAAAAUUGCGACCGAGCAGCCGCUUAAUACGCCCUAGUAGUCGUAGAGAAUUCAAACGAGCGAGCUGGCGCUUCCCUCCUCCUCCUCCCCCUCCUCCUCCACCGACAUCUUCUUUUCCCUUCGCUCUUCUUCCUCGUCCUCGAGUUCGCUCACUUUGGAGAGCAGAUCUGGUGGUGGUACUGCUCCUGGAUGUGGAAGAGUUACGAUCGAAGCCGCGAGCUUUCUCUGAAACAUCUCGAGCGACGAUUCCGCCCGGCGUUUUUCGUUGCUCCUUUUCUCUCGUAUUUUCUUUCCGAAAUCCGCUCGGCUAAAAGAAAGAGAGAAAGCGAUGGAGAGUCGAAAGCAAGUCCUAGCGUAUUUCCGCAUUUCACGGAAAAUUUAUCUUCGAAGUCGCGUAUAAAGAUUUCGAUUCAUGGACGAUCGGCAAAUCGGUCGAUUGUUUUAUAUCGUUUUCUACUUCCCCUUUGAUAAUUCAUCCUUUACGUUCUCGUUUAUAAUCUCGUUCUAUGAAUUGAAUUCGCCAAAAUGAGGAAUAAAAUCAAAGUCCGAGAUCCCUUAAAUAAGUCACGAAAUGAAUUAUCGUCUUGCGGAGGACGACUUGUUUCACGCGAAAUUAACUCGCCGUUUGGUGCUUCCUUCGCAAAUCGGCGUUUCCUUCGGCAUCGUUCUAUGACGCAUAAUCACACACUCGAGAUGGAAAGAGAAAGGACAUAGGUGAGACUCGGCAUUCGAGUGGAUCGGAUCGCAGUUAGGGAUGGCGAAGAAGGGAAUCUUUUAAUUUGACGCGCCAUAAAGCACGGCCCAACCGAUUCUCUCUCUCUCUCUCUUUAUCUCUUUCGCUCUCUCCUUCUCUCUCUUCUUCGUUUCACGACUAUGGUGUGACAGUUGGUACCGGUAUUGUAUAUGAUAUCGUGGAAGGGCCCCAUGGGAGGUCACGGCUGACACCGUAGCCAUGUCGUAUCGCUGCAAUAAUAACGCGUAAGCGAUACCCGUGCCACCCCUCGUUCUACCCCAUCCAACACCCCCGACGCGAAGAGACCCCUUCUCUCCACUUUACUCCGCAUCUAAUGCGAUAUAUAAUGUCUCUUAUUGCACAUAUUGUAUACACGUACACGAUACAAUAGUCACGGUAACACGCGCGAAUUAUAUCCGUGUAAUCACCUACUUUGGCUACAAUUUCCUUCUUUCAUAUUCGCGAUCGAUCGAGUCAAUUUUUGUUCAAUUUCGAAAAUACAUAUAUUUGAAGUAAUAUAUCGACUUUUUAUUCGGUACGCGAGUACCUACGAAAAUGUAUUCGAAUUUUCGGAAUAUAAAUAUAUAGCUAUACGUAUUUCGAUAUAUCGAUUCGAUAAUAUAGUUUAAUUAUUAUUGGUAAUCGUCGUUCAAUAGCCCGUAAGAGACGGUAAUUGCGUGCGAUAGGAACGAUAUUAACGUGUAAUCGCUAACGAUUAACAUUUAUGCGAUUACACACGGCACGUCAUUAUAUUGGCCGUUGAGAGCGUACGGCCGUGGCGGGUAAGGGGGAAGGAAAACUGCCGGGAUAUAAAUGGGAAUUAGUAGAGCAUUUGCGCGAACAAACGAGCACGUUCGUCAAUGUGUUUGUGUAUUCCUCUGCUACUCUACGUGUGUUUACGUACGUAUUCUCUCUGUCUCCGUUCGCGCAUGGAAAUGUUCGUUCUCUUCGACUACAACGAUAGAAAUAGAGGAAGAAUCGUUCUUUACAAAACCUCUCGUCUCGUUUUGUAGCCGAUUAUGAGCUCCCUUAAAUUCUCUCCUAUCUCCGAGCUUUGCACCUACUUAGCGUGCGACAUGGAAUACUAACUCGACUCAUUAACGAAAUUUUACUGGGAUCCGGUCUGCCUCGAAGAGCUGCUUGAUUGCUCGAUGUCUACUGAGAGAGAAAGAGAGAGAGAGAGAGAGAGAGAGAAAAUUCAACGUUUUGCAGAACUAAUAAAUGGAAAUAUUCUUAUUAGAAUAUCAUUAUUUAAAUAUCUUUGAGCAGGACACUAAAGACGACAAUAAUUUCGACGAAGACGCAAAACGUUGAACGUCCAAAAGAAAAUUGUUGCGACGACGCGACUCGAAUUCUCGCGAUCGCGAAUUGAGCUUGCGAAUGGAGUACGACGUUUAAAACGAUCAAGCGGCUCGCUAAUAAUGUAUGCCACUCAUUAUGCGCACGCAUCCUUUUCGUCGCAGCGUAAACUCGCUUUACGUUAGCCGCCGCGUGAUUUACGAUUAAUUAAGCGCCGUUACCGCACCACCACGUCUGCGAGCCAUUUACUUUUCGACCAACCCCUCUGCUACCCACCAGCCCUCUCGUCAUCGCAACACGAUCGAAAAGGAAAUUCAGCAAAACCACCAGCGACGAAUAAAAUGUUUCUCUCUCUCUCUCUCUCUCUCUCUCUUUCUCUCAUUCACUACGUGAAGAAUUCAUUUCCACCCUUGUUACACGUGAUUUCUUUUACUUUGUUAGGAACUUUGUGAGUUCUAAUUAGGGUAAACGAUCGAUCGAUUCGACUGUGCAAUAUAAAGAAAAAAAAAGGAAUAAUGAAUAUCCGCGCGUACACUAAUUUACGUUUAAUGAAGUUAUUUUCGAUCGAGACUCCGUCAAAUUAUCAUAGAUAACGCGACAAGUUGCCGCUAGAAAAAAAAGGGAAGUCUUCUGGACUUAAUCUUUUGAUUAUCAAUGUUGAAAUAAGUGUAAGAAGAAAAGUAAGAGUAAACGAUAUAAGGAGAACGAGAGAAGGGUUCGGAUGAGCGUGAACGAAUAUUCCGGUCAUGCGUCAGAGGGUUAAGGAGAGGGCGCAGCGCUGGCCGCAUUGAUUUACGUUGAGGAGGAUAGACAGGCACGGAGAGGUGAACGAAGAAGAAGAAGAAGAAGAAGAAGAAGAAGAAGAAGAAAUAGAAGAGGAAGAAAAAGAAAAAGAAAAAGAAUAAGUAGAAGUAGAAGAAGAAGAAGAAGCAGAAAAAGAGGAAGAAGAGGAAGAAAAAGAAAAAGAAGAAUAAAAAGCAGAGGGAGGAAGUAAAGAGGAACACGAGGUAGUAAAGCGAAGAGAGUGGAAUAAGCGUAGUCGUAGAAUUCGAAGCCACGUAAUCGGAAUGGUCGAUCCCACUGGUCCUCUCUCGUCCCUCCAAAGGCAUCCUUUCCUCUCUCUCUCUCUCUCUCUCUGACUCUGCCUGACUCUCCCUCCCGUCCUCCUUUCCAAGCAUCCUACCCCAACUACGGUCGCGUGGAUACGUGGUCGAACCACCACGAGGAUAUCGUAUAAUUAUCGGAUGGCAGGUAACUCGAACGGUCGCCCGGUUUUAAUUGGCCAAUUAUCGUGGCGCGAAUAGGCGCUGCCGCCGGUCCAGAUAGGCGUGAAACUUUUGGGGUGGCCAGCUCACCGAGCGACACAACGCGACUUUCUGUGACGAAUAUCUUUUUCGUAGGAGGGCUGUCGUCGUGGGGUGAGGGGAUUGAGAAAGGGAAAAAGAGGGAGAGAGAGAGAGGGAGGGUAGAGUGAGGUUGGCUGCACGGAGAAGCUCGAUCUUCCCUUCGCGAUGUCUGUGUCCUUGUAGGUACAUUGCGAGGGUGCAAAUAUACGUGUACCUAUAAGAUGUGGAUGUGCGAAUGCGUCCGUAUAUGUGCAUGUAGAAGCAGAAUCGAGAUCAGAAUCGGGAGCACGAACGGGCGCAAAUUGGUCACGGCUGGUCUGUUCGAUCUCGUCGUUCCACCUUCCUCUCUUUUCCUCUCCGAUCUCGUCUCUACCUAUCUAUCCAGUAGCUAUCCAUUCACCUAUCCGCCGGCCACCUAGCAAGCGAACGACCACCCCUUCGACAAGCGGUGCACCGUUUCGGAACUAUUAGGAACACUCGCCUCUAGUCUAUCCCCGGCUCGCUUUUGCCAGGUGGCCUAAUCCGACGUUCGAAAAUUCACCUGCGCCACAGACUUGUUUCCGACCCGCCUACACAAUCUCUACUUCCACCUCCACUUCUCUCUUUCUCUCGCUCUCUCCAUUCCCUUUUCUCGUCUUUUCGCGUUUGACAUUUAACGAGCGUUCUCUCAUGGAGAUUCGUCACCAAUAAAAAAAAAAGAAUUAUAAAAAAAAAAAGAAAAAAAGAAGCAAACGAUGAGUCUACGCUUGGUCUACGCUCACGAGAGUUUUCAUGUCAGAUUCAAAAGGAAAAUCUCGAUUUGGUGAUUUUAACGAGCUACGUAUUUAUCAACGAUAUAAACAAAACAAAAAGUAAUAAUGAAAAAGGAAAAAAAGAGAAAGACAAAAGACCAUUGGGCGUACUUUGCGAAAAGGAUCGAUUGGCAUCGAUAUAGGUAUCAUCGUACGAUUGCUCGGAGUUAAUUCGAUGACGUGGUACAUAGUUGAAUAUAUAUAUAUGUGUCAAGAGCGAAUCGAGAGAUUUACAUCGAAUGGACGAGGACGAACGAGAGAGAUGGCGAGUAUAUUCAAUUAGAGAGAGGGAGAGGGAGAGAGAGAGAGAGAGAGGAAGAGAGGGAGAAGGAGGGAGGAGAACGUGCAAGUUCAGUGUGGCAGGCUCAUCUACCGGUUACGUUCGAUUGGCUGGCAGGGCGGUAGGCCAGCAAUUACCUAAAUGGUCGGGUAAACAAUAUCCGUGCGCCGGAGUUAAGAGCGACGGCGGUAGCAGCGACAGCAACACUGGCUGUGCCAGUGGCGACUCGCUUUCGUUCGUCCAUCCAUCGGUGUGUUGAUUUUGGUUUAGUUGUCUCUACCUAGUCUUCUCUCUCUCUCUCUCUCUCUCUCUCUCUCUCUCUCUCUCUCUCUCUCUCUCUCUCUCUCUCUUACACACACUUAGCUUGAAUUCAGGAGCAAAAGUGGAAGAGAGAGAGAGAGAGAGAGAGGAGAACGAAAGCGGGAUACUACGAUUAUACCCUGCGUGAUUACUAUACCUACGCUCAAUAGAGUGAUAAAGAGAGAGAGAGAGAGAGGGAGAGAGAGAGGGAAAAUGAUGGGUGCCGCCUCCAGUACGGUCACCAACGCGACGACACUAGACCGAUAGGAUCCAAUAGCAACGAUACUACCACAGUCAACAAGAUCAUUGCAAGAGCCUAGUGUAACUCGCAAUCACGGACACAACGGUCGAGCAGCCAGCUAGCCAGCUAGCCAGCUAGCCAGGCUACGAUUCCUCCGCAUUCUCGACGUAACCGAAAGUGCGUGUGUUGUGAGGCCUGCUAAGAGAGAGAGAUGGAGAGAUAGAUGGAUAGAUAGAUAGAUAGAGAGAGAGAGAGAGAGAGAGAGAGAGAGAGAGAGAGAGAGAUAGUAGGAUUCCUCUAUCGACAGCGGAACGAGCGUGGUGGUGGUGGUGGCGACGGUGAUGGUGGUGGUAGUGGCGGCGAUAGCGGUGGCGGUGGUUAAAUCAAAGACAAACCACUUUAGCCAGUCGGAUCGUGACGAGGGGGUUGAUGGGGGUGUGGUGGCUCGAGAGGUAACGCUGGGUGGGGGGUGGUAUAGUCUUGUGUACAUAUCCGAGUAUCUGGCGAAAGCUCGCUCACACUGGCGAGGACCGUGAAACGUUUGCACGCGUCUACCUCUACUAUCUAGCUGUCUCUUUCUCUCUCUCUCUCUCUCUCUCUCUCUCUCUCUCUCUCUCUCGCACUCGUUCAUUCAGGCUCGAGCGUGAAAGCUCGAAGAGGCCAGAGGGGUGCGCUCUAGUCUCUCCGGCACGCGACGUCUCGAUGUGUGCGUGUGUGCGAGGAGCACGUGCGUCCGCGCAACCCCCGCGAACGGAUCUGCCGGCACGCCCAUUGGCCGAGGAAAGAGCUUUCCGGGUGCGCGAGCCGGCCUACGCUCCGCCCACUCGAGGCGGAACAACCACCCCGCUUUCUCGCUUCUCGCUUCACGUCGCGUCGUUCCUACGACGACGACGCUUUCCUCGGGAGUACUAAUAAUACGCCGAUAUAUACCACCUAUUCUGCCACCAUGGUUCUACGUGGGAGUUCUCGGCGCAGCUUCCACGGUCCGCGCAUCGCCUCCUCGCCGAAGGAAAGACGUUGCUGAUCGGCCACGCCGAGUAGCACGAAACGACUCCACUCUGCUCGUUCUGCUCGUUCUCCUUUGCCGUCACCUACAUACCUACACUUCUACGUACAUAUACAUAUAUAUAUAUAUAUAUAUAUUUAUAUAUAUAUAUAUAGACACGCACACACAUACGCGCGCACCCGCACGCACGCAGAAGCGCACACAAACGCGUACGUACACGUCUUCCCGGUGUGUUUAGUUUUCCUUCCAGUUUUUGUGAUGGAUUCGCGUCGAUAGUGUCGUCGAGUGAAGUAACGUCCAAGAGUCGUCUUCCUCGAGAGAAUGACAGAGAUCGGUUAAGAAUCGUUCGUUUCUCGGCAAAGGGUGAUGUGGAGGAUGCAGGAGGGUAGAAUCGUGUCGCCUCUGGGACCGGUCGUCCUGCCUAGGGAGGAGGCGGACACGCGCGUUCCACUUUCGAUGCCUUCGCAGGAAAGGAGGCACGUGUUGCUGCACGUACGCACUGCCGAUCCUUUCCUUCGGUACGAAAACGUCAGGGCGCAGCAACAAACGAGCACGGCCGGUCAACAGCAAGUACCAUCGUCCUCGCCUCCGCCGCACCAACAGCCACCUAGCACGUUGUCCAGUCCGAGCGUGACGACGAUCUCGCCGAUCUUGAGAGCCGUCGCGAGGACUACCGAGGAGUUGGACGGGUCCAGGAGCAGAGAUAGGAAGAACGACGUCGACAUGGAGAUGGAGGACGAGGAAGAGGAGGAAGAGGACGACCGGAAGGAACGGGAAGCGGACGAAGAGGACGACGACGAGGACAUGGAAGACGAUAGGAAACCGAUAGAAAGGAGAAACAGGAGUAUGGGAGACGAAGAGGAGGAGGAGGAGGAACAAGAGGAGGACGACGAGGACGACAGCAGGGAAAACAGAGACGAGGAGGACGUCGAAGUUGACGUUUGCAGAGAGGAAGGUCCGGAAAGCAAUCCCAGCAGUCCGGUCGACUUAACGGCACCCUCGUCGAGGGGUACCGAUCAACAACUCUUCUUGAAUCCCUUCGGAACCCGCAUGACGCACGGUUUUUCUUGCGUUCAAGGAACCGGACCAGGUGGCGGACACCAUGGUGGACUCCAAAUGGCACCGCACAACGCGCCGUCGGUCUACAUCUCCGGACACGUCGCCACUGGUUCCGCGGUGAUGACGAUCUGCUCCGGCGGAAACGCGAGCUCGCGAACCGCGACUGGAAGUAUCACGAGCACGACGGCGACCAGCACCGUCCCACCCACCGCCAAGAGGUGCUUAGCAUUCUCGGUUGAAAACAUACUCGAUCCAAACAAGUUCACCGGCGGACGCGUUAUCCACAAUCGGGUGCAACAUCGGCGUCAUCGUCGAUCUGGCAGCGUAAACGAAGACGGAGACUCCCGAGGCGAGUUUGCCUGUGGCAGCGGUCAAGAGGAUGAAGAGGGUACCGUGGAAACUGCGAUGGAGGAAACGGAAGAGGACGUGGAGGAGGACGACGAGGAGGAGGAUAUCGAGAUGAGAGUGGUCGAUCGUGAUUCCUCUAACGUAACUCGUGACGUUACGAAUCAAACCUCAAUUGGCCCUACCAACAACAACAACAACAACAACAACAACAACAACAACAACAACAACAAUAAUAAUAACAAUAACAACAACGGUACGUCGAACGGUUGCAAAAAGAGACAAUCCUCUUCCUCGUCCUCCUCAUCGUCCAGCGGCGUUCAAGUACAGAACUGUCAGAGUCAAAACGGUCAAGGACAAAACUCUCAAAACGGUUCGAAUAAUGGUGGGGGUAGUGGGGGUGGUAGUGGUGGUGGUAGUGGUGGUGGUGGUAGUGGUGGUGGUGGUGGUGGUAGUGGUAGUACAGGUGGCAAACCAAGAAGAGCUAGGACUGCCUUUACGUACGAACAAUUGGUAGCUUUGGAGAACAAGUUCAAAACUACGAGAUAUCUCUCGGUAUGCGAACGCCUGAAUCUAGCUUUAUCUCUAUCCCUGACCGAGACUCAGGUGAAGAUCUGGUUCCAAAAUCGACGGACCAAGUGGAAGAAACAGAAUCCUGGAUUGGACGUGAACAGUCCAACGGUACCAACGACACCUCCUCAUCCGUCACCGUACGCACCAGCGUUCCUAUUUGCCGCUCAUCCUCAUCAACAUCCCUUACCGCAUUCUCAUGCUCAUCCGCAUCCACACUCGCACGCUCACGUUCAUCAUCCGUCGGCCGUGGCACCGCCACCACCUGGCUAUUAUCAUCAUCCAGCGGCACCACCAACGGCCUACGCUCCUCCAGGAGCCACCUUCUUCGGACAUCACCUGCCUACGACGCCAACUGCCACGGCUUCUGCCUCGGCCUCGGCGGCGACUUCCACUCCUUCCUCCACCUCGGUCUUGGCCCUAUCCUCGCACACGCAUACACACGCGCAUCCUCAUCCCCACGCGCAUCCGCACGCGUAGCGAACUCGAAAAUCCUGUUCCUCGAUCGAAUCUUAGGCUUCUUCUCGCUGCGAAGCCAAUUUUCUCACCUUUGUAAUAUAUUCCAUUUGUUUCAUUGAAAGAAGGAGAAGAGAGAUAGACAGGGAGAAA